GCACCCGCGAACUUAUCCACAGCCGACAGGCUGACCACGUACGCCAGAGAUGAAUGCAUACACACAAGACUGUAUCUGCCUUCUGGGAGACUCCCUAACACAGGGCGGAUGGGAGCCACACGGCUUUGCGCAGCGUUUAUCAUACGUCUACGCUAGAAAGCUGGAUGUGAUAAACCGAGGGCUGUCUGGAUAUAACACUGAAUGGGCGAUCCCUGUCUUCGAACAGUUCUUUGCGAAAUCCAAGGAUCAAGAGCACCUGCCGAAAGUACAGCUGCUGACCAUAUGGUUCGGGGCAAACGACGCUUGUAUCCCCCCGUCUCCCCAGCAUGUCCCCCUCCCCACAUUCUCCGCUAACCUCUCCAAGCUCAUCAACCUGGUCAAGUCCCCCGACUCGCCCUAUCACUCCCCUUCUACCCGCGUCAUCCUGAUCACCCCGCCGCCCGUGAAUACCUACCAGAGGGGAGCGGACCUCGCAACGCGGAACCCGCCGCUGGACCUGGAUAGGAAGUUCGAAGUGACACAGCAGUACGCAGAGGCGGUGAAAGAGGUGGGCGCAAAGGAGGGCGUCCCCGUUGUCGAUAUCUGGUCCAGUAUAUGGGAGGCAGCCGGGAAGGUAGAGAGGGAUCUAAGCAGAUACCUCAAUGAUGGGCUGCAUCUCAAUGCCGAAGGAUAUACGUUCGUGUAUGAUGGUCUUCUGAAGACGAUCAGUGAGAGCUACCCCGAGAUUCAUCCCGACAACCUCGAAUUCGUGUUCGCGCCUUGGGCUGACGUAGCCAACGCUGCCGACCGUUCGCAAGCGCUGCGGAAGAGGGACGCAUUCUUGCGCAAGUGAGGAUGACCGGUUGAAUCCACAGAAGUUACGUUUUGUAACCAUAAGAUUUUCCCGAUGCAAAAGGUCCCGCACCUGAGGCCGCGAACAUCGGGACUGGUCAUCGAAUUAUCUCGGCCUUGACUCGCAGACCUUCAGAACGACUACAGAUACAGUAUGUGCAGAAUACAGAAUACAGAAUACAACCACCUACGCCAAACUUGCGAUGAGACACGCCUCAGCAGCGGUACAGCUAAAAGGAUAUUCGCUCAGAGAAUAUGCCAGAGAUCACUCCUGUUCUUGAGCCUGCGCCGCUUUGCAGCGUGCACGAUGAAUGAGGAGUACAGGCCGCGUUUCUUGAGAGACCCGCCCAACCGAGGUUUGCAUGUCUUAGCAUUUCCAGCAAUCGACGGGGAUGCGGUGGCGCUUGGAACAGACUGCUCGAAGAGUUUCGGUGGGCCAGUUGGUAAGGACGUGGUGGUAGGGAGAGUGGGAAGUAACGACAGUGAUAAAGAUAGUGAUGCCACGCGCGACGGGGACGGAGAUGACGAAGAAGAGGGUUGGUUGAGUAAGAUGGUCGUGAACGUGGAAGGGGGGAUCGGCACAGACGCGGAGGCAGAGGUAGAUACAGAG